GCAUUGUUGUUGUUGUUUGUUUGCUUGUUUUUUUUUUUGGUUUUAAAAUACCAGAUUCAUCGACAAGAUUUCAUCCUCUUACUCCCCAUUCAAAGCUGUGCCAACCAUGACGAUCGAUGAAUACGAGCCUGAUGACAUUCUUUAUGAAAUCAGUCGAAAGCUGGCCAAUGUCAACAUCCACAACAUGUCUUUAGAUGCGGAUGCAGAAACGAUUGAAAAAAGCACUUUGCCUACUAUUCGAUAUUAUCUUUAUUCGCAUGAUAAAGCAAUGUGUUUGCAAAGUGUAGAAAUGCUACGACGAUAUCUUACUCAGGUUGGGGGUAGCUCUGAGUCUGCUCAAGAUAUUUUGGCAUUAGACAUACUGCCACGUAUUAAUGAGAUUCUUACCUGGGAUGAAGCUAGUAGUAUUCAGUUUGAGUGUGCCUGGAUUGUGACCAACAUUGCAGCAGGCUCUUCUGAACAGACCUAUGCAUUGGUAGAAUCUGGAAUUGUGGAUUCCUUGUUGAUUUGCAUACGUCGUAAUAACUGCUCUCCAAAUACAAGAGCACAGAUUGCAUGGGCACUGUCCAACUUUGCUGGCGAAUCAGCACAACUUCGAGAGAUGCUUAUGGAAAAGCGUGCGCCUGCUGUUGUGGCCGAAGUAUUAAAGACCAUUCACGACGAAAUAUACACCCAAGUGUAUACAUACUCAUAUUCCUACGGAAAGAUGCACAUUACCGAUCAAGAAAUGUGCACAAAUGUCAAGGCGUUAGUAUGGUCUUUGGCAAACAUGUCUCGCGGAGGAUUCAAAACGGCAAACUAUUGGUCUGUUUACUGCCCUGUGUUUGAAGUUUUAGAGAAACUUAUUCAUUUUGAUCAUAAUGAUAUUCUCACAGACGCUUGCUGGGGUUUAUCUCGUAUACUUUACAGUAUGCACGAGGUUAUCCCAACUUCUCAGCGACAUAAUAUCUCAUCUCUUGGAGUUUACAGACGCAGCAGUAUUCCUAUCAUAGUUCCUGCACUACGAGCUAUUAUCAACAUCACAUCAGGCCCAGACGAACACUCUGUAAUAUUACUUAAAUCUGGCCUCUUAAAUCAUAUUCCUGCCUUGAUGACCCCAGAUUUUCCGGCCGGCAUCCGACGAGACGCAUUCUUGUUAAUAGGAAACAUCGCCGUCUGUGGGGGUUUGUUGAUCCAGAAAAUCAUCAACAACAACAAUCUUAUAAAGUGUGUCCUUGCUCAUGUCCGAGUUCCAGGCAAGAUUUACAAUCAGGAAACAAGGCAGUGGGAUCCUACAUUAGGAUACAUGUACUGUGAAAUCGACGAAGAAUGGAAGAUCACAAGCGAAGCAUUAUCCAUUAUAUCUAAUAUUAUAUCUCGUGGAAGUUCAUCCUGUGUUAGAGAAUUUCUAAAAGAUGAAAACGAAGUACCAGCCACUUUAGUACAUCUUUUGAGAUCUCAAGAUGUGCCUUUGCAACCCACACAAAAAUGCAUUGAUGCCAUUAUAAAUCUUGUCGAGCGAACGAACUUAUUAUCCAGCGGCAGCAGCGACCAACAAAACAAUACUGACCAAGUCAAUACUUACUCUCUUGAGUUACUAAAUGAAGGACUUAUACCUUUACUUGAAGGACAAUACGAAUUACACGAUGAGGACGAUUCAAUCAAAACUCGGUGUGAUGUACUAGAAGGCAUCCUAGAGGAAGGUAUUGAAACAAUGAAAAAAAUCAAGGCAAAACAAAAUCAAUCCAAGAGCUUGGCUGGCAUGUUUGGAAUGGUAGAGGCUCGUAAUACGCUUAUUAGUACCAACAAGCGCCGUGUUCUUCAUGGACCAGAAGAUGGUGAUAUUCGAUUAAUUGAAAAUGCAAUUGGAAAUCUGAGUGUAUCCAAUGGUGGUGAAUAAUGAUCCUAAACGCUUUCUAUAAUAUGUAGCUAUAUACAUAUACAUCUAUAGAAAGCCAACAAAAAAAA